UGAAUGAAUGAUACACAGAUGAUCCACUGGUUCAAGCUUCUCAGUUAUGAAGAUUUUCUAACAUACAUUUUAACAUUUAGUUUUCAUCAUUUCAACACAAAAUAUGAAAUGUUGAGUUACCAAAUGACCAUCACGACAGGGUAUAAUGGACGUUGUGUUUACUUGUGCAUAUUACUAUGGGCCUAAUUUGUGAAUCUAUUAGUUGAAAAAUAAGAAAGGAAUGGGAAAGGAAAGGAGACGAGGACGCUGAUAUAAAGUGUUGGGACACCACCUGCUGUGUUCUUCCGACUCCGUUCACCUCCAUUCACACAGUAAAUAAAAGCAUGGAGGCUCUGACUCUUGGGAUCUAACACUGAACUGCGGGGGGUAAAGACACUGCCGCUUGGGCUCUUCCGUUCACCAAAAGACGCAAGAAGGAAGCAGGAGCGCAGCAAACGCUCUACCAGUUGGAUUAAACAAAUUUUACGUGAAAGUAGGGAUUUAAGUUGGCGACAGGAGCGGGGCAGCCCGCCGUGCUGAGCAUGAAGCGGACGGCUGUAGUGGCCAGGCACAAUGGCCUCGUCUCUCCGCUUGGGAACAACAACUCCGGGGCUUCUAGCAUCGUCUCGCCACCCUUGUCCAGAGCCCCUAACAUCUCCGCUUCUGCCGACAAUGGUUCUGGCAGUGGGAUGGACGGCCUGCUGGAUUUCUCGAAAGGCCCCACUGUCAAAACGGAGCUGGUCUGCAAAUGGAUUGACCGAACUUCAUCGAGACAGAGGCUUGGGAGGACGGCAACGUCAGUCUGCGACCAAACUUUCAGCUCCAUGCAAGAGCUUGUUGACCACGUCACCACCGAGCAUGUAGCAGCGGGGCUUGAGACCCUCAGUCAUGUCUGCAUGUGGGACGAGUGUAUGCGUGGCGGGAAGGCGUUCAAAGCCAAAUACAAACUCAUCAACCACAUUCGCGUGCACACCGGGGAAAAGCCGUUUUCAUGCGCAUUUCCCAACUGCGGCAAGAUGUUCGCACGCUCCGAGAAUCUCAAGAUACACACGCGCACGCACACUGGUGAGAAGCCAUUCCAGUGUGAGUUUUGCGAGCGACGCUUUGCCAACAGCAGUGACCGGAAGAAGCAUUCACAGGUCCACACAGCCUCAAAGCCCUAUGAUUGCAAGGCCCUGGGCUGCACCAAGUCCUACACCCACCCCAGCUCCCUGCGCAAACAUAUGAAGGUUCACGUCAAGUCGUCACCUACCUCUGAACCUCAUGACUUAUACGACUCUAUCCCUCAUCAACUCCAGCAACCUCAUCAGGAUCUCCUGGAGCCCCUCGACCUUAAAAUAAAUCACCUGUCUCCAUCACUUGUCAACAGAAAUGCUCAUUUUCCCCUUCUGUCUAAUCAUGAAUUGAAUAUCAGCUCAGCCAGUGAAGUGGACCUGCUGCUGCGGAGUUCGUCUCCAGUGGCAAUGCCUCUGGAUCUCUCACUGUCAGGCCUAAAGAGUCAGCUGGCUCAGAAGCAGCAGGGUGGACGGACCCCAAGGAGAAGCCAGCGCUCAGUCAACCCAGCCCUACCUCAGUUGUCUAACAUAAAAGAGUGGUAUGUCUGUACUAGGACUACAGCACCAAACUUUUCUCUGCUUCACCCAGACUACAUCAAAUCAGAACCUAGCGAUGAUGAGGAGUAUGUCACAUAGAAUGAAGGGACUGGUGAAACAUAGUGUGAAACACAGACUGCACAUACUGUAAGAACCAUUUCAGGCCAGAGUAUGCUCUCUGGACUCAUACUUGCUAUAAUGUUUGAGAACCAGCAGUUGUAUGGUUCAACAUCAGUGGCUGUUCUAAGCUGGAGAAGGUCUUUGUUAGAUUAAUGGCUUUUUUACUCUGUCACAAAUACAAAUACAGCCUGGAGAUGAUCACUAUUUGUGGACCAAAAGCAGUGGCUCAAAUGAUGCCAGAUGGGAGGAAUUCCAUCAUUAUUGUUAUCAAACAAAAUGCUUGACAAGAAAACUACAAGUUAUCUAAUCAGGGUUGGCUAGCUAACCUGAACUAACACAGGGGUAACUUUGUAUAAAUGGACCAGACAAUGUUGCUUACCGCUCUGUUUACUGUUAAAGAAUAUGAAAAAGGCAUGAGUACAUAAUGACUUUUCUAGAGAGACAGAUAAAUGGCCAAUUAUCUAAGAGCUCCACUGAGAUUAAGCAAUUUCAAGGGCUAAAUUGACACUGAUGGAAAGUGGUUAAUAUUAACCUCAGCUCACGGUAGCACUGUACACGUAAUAAAACAGCAGGUGAAUGUGUGCCUGUAAGGUCUGUGUUUGGUUUAAGAAAACCAGUUUGUACAAUGUCAGAAAGUUACAAAUAUUGUGUGAAGCAGCUGAUUUGUCUGUCAGAAAGAGGGUUUCAGAGGCUGUCAGGUGAUCUGACCUUGUUUGAAGCAAUGGUUUUUACUAACAUACUCUUGGUAGUAAUUUGUUCAAAAGUGUUUCAUGUGAUUACAUUUUAAUCAACACAGCAGCCGGCACUGAAGCUGUACUUUGUGAAGGCGGUGGAACUGCUCCUUCUUUGUACUGAUCAUCAAGUGUCUCCUUAACCUGUUCAUCUCAAUGGACCUUGCAGUGGGUUAAUCACCUGCAUCUGUUUACACUCCAUUUACAAUUUAGUCAAGACCCCAAAGUUUUCAAAAUGGCCAUAUAUGUCAUACACAUAUUCCUUUAACAUGAAAAUGUGUAUUAAAUGAUUCAUAAUAUAUCUAGUAUUUUUCUUUGAUCAAAUGGUGCAGCCACAAAAAUAUACAUUUUGUAUCUAAAUAAUGAAUCAGUGUAAGAAGUGGAAUGUAUUGUGUAAGACUGAUACAAGGGGAAGAUAUUUUAUCUCUGUGUGAAGAGAACACUUAAAUGGUUAAAGGAUAAGUCUGAUCAUUUUUAUAUUAACAGUAGAUUCAGCACUCCCCAUACAGCGACUACACCAACAAUGAACUGCCUCCACUCACGGUUAAUGUCUGUCAGCGUGUCUGUUCUGGAUUAGCUUCUUCGUCUGUGCCAUAGACCUCCGCUGUUGUUCAAAAAUGCUAAAAAAAAAAACAAAAAAAAAAACACAUCAGUGAAACACACUACCGUACUGGGUGACUUUUUCUUUGUUACAAAAACAAGACCCUAAUAAUAACCUAAUAUUUGUUAAAAAUAUCUGGUGCUCUCACGCAGGCGCAGUUGCCUUUUGCUUACUUCAGACGCUGUAAAAGGUUACAGUGGUUUGGAGCCUCUGGACAACAUUUUUAAAAAAUAUCAGGAUCUUGUGUUUUGUAAUGAGGAAACAUCACCUAGUGCAGUGGCAUGUUUCCCUGGUGUGCUGUUAAUCUUUUUUGAACAAUGUAGAGUAGUUGAGGCAAUUCACUGUUGGUUUUAGUCCCUGUAUGGGAAUAGCUGAAAAUACUGUUAAUAUAGGAAAUGACCGGCCUUAUCCUUUAAGUGGCUUGUACAUUAUCCAUUCAAAUAUAAAUAAUUUCAAACUGGAUAUAAUCCUGGGAUGUAAGUAAACCAAACUGAAGCAGAUUGUUUAAAUUGUUAAAUUAGAUUGUUUAAGGUUAUUUUAAACAGCUAUUACAGUGUAUAAUGAUUCAGGUCUCAACAGGUAAAACAGAAAGUGAGCAGAGCUGAAAUGUCACUUAUACUCUGUCAUUGCACAGGAAAACUGUGUGCCAAUUACAGUAAGUAGGUCAAAUUUGAUCAGUAGGUCAAAUUUGACCUACUGAUAACCGAAUGGUUAUGGUGUGCUGCACAGGGCAUGUGCAAUGUCGACGGUUUGAGUCCCACCACUGACAUUUGUCACAGGUCUCCCCUUCUCUCUUUCUCCCUUGUUUCCUGUCUGUAUCUCUGUGACUCACUUUUAUAUAUAAGCAAAUAGUGUCUUCAAAAUAGACUGUGACCAGGCUUGAACCUGGAACCUUCUUGCUGUGAUGUUGCAGCACUAAUGACCAUGUUACCAUGCUGCCCAGUACAUACAUCUGUAAGUUAAUAUAAAAACAACUAUCCCAUACAGAUAGAUACAGUAGCAGAUGCUUCAGCUACAUCCAA